CUUUCUUGUACAUACCCAGCUAUUUGCGCUCGCCUCCUUGUCUAGGCAGUGACUUGAUUCUCUACUAACCACACGACAUUCUUUUCUUCCAAGUUGUGCGCUUUUUGUCACGGGGGUAGCUUUUUCUGUUUCUUGUUGGUUAUGAGCUGCUGAAGCUCCGUUAAUGGGCGUGAAUUGAAACAAUUCGUAUUUCUUCGACAUUCUCCAUUUCGCAUUCAAUACCCUAUCUCGUUGCGCCCAGUCUCGAAAUUCUGAAAACUGUCCUCGUUUAGCAGUAUCGAGUGCGACGCCGACCAAUUGUUCAGCUUGCGACCAGAACACCCACCCCGCCUUUGACUUAAUCCGAAUCCGUCUCGCUGCGAAACCUUGCGCAAUGUUUUUCCUCAAAGAAGAAACAAAAGUUAUCACGCUGCAUCCGUCUUACUUCGGGCCCAAUGUGCGGGAAUAUUUGAUCAACCGAUUGAACGAGGAGGAGGAGGGACGGUGUACGGGUGAUCACUUUGUGAUCUGUGUCAUGGAUAUGGUUGAUAUUGGUGAAGGGAGGGUGCUUCCAAGCGGCGGACAGGCUGAAUACACCAUAAAGUAUCGUGCGAUUAUCUGGAAGCCUUUCCGAGGGGAGACGGUUGAUGCCAUAGUUACCUCCGUCAAACCCACUGGAAUUUUCACAUUGGCAGGUCCUUUGUCAGUUUUCAUCGCGCGGAAAAACGUCCCCUCCGAUAUCAAGUGGGAGCCAAACACAGUACCUCCCCAAUAUACGGAUCAUGCCGACCAAGUCAUCGAAAAGGGAACCAGCUUGCGUCUCAAGAUCCUUGGUGUCAAGCCCGAUGUGGCGGCCAUCAAUGCCAUUGGCACCAUCAAGGAGGAUUUCCUAGGACCACUGUAAUACAUCUUCGACGCGCAAUCAAAAUACAAAAACGAGGAGAGGACAACCAGAAGGUACCCAGCAUAUUUUCACGAUUUAUACCAAUAAUACCAGGAGCAAACAUUUGAGAAGGGC